GCGUUAUGUGCGUGCAUGGGCGCAGGGGCAGAAUCGGAAUACAAGGCUUACAAGGACCCCACCAGGAAGAUAGGUAGUCGGAUUAGGGACCUUAUGGGGCGAAUGACUUUGGAGGAAAAGAUUGGGCAGAUGACGCAGCUUGACCGUCAGAAUUUGACGGCGGCGGUGCUCAGAGAUUACUCAAUCGGCAGCGUUUUGAGCGGCGGCGGAAGCGUGCCGUGGCCGAACGCGACGGCGGCGGAGUGGGUGGAGAUGGUGAAUGGGUUUCAGAAUGCGUCGUUGGCUAGUAGGCUUGGGAUUCCGAUGAUAUAUGGGAUUGAUGCGGUUCAUGGGCAUAAUAAUGUGUAUAAGGCCACCAUUUUUCCCCAUAAUGUUGGACUUGGAGCUACAAGAGAUGCAGAUCUAGUGAAGAGAAUUGGGGCAGCAACAGCUCUUGAGGCUAGAGCUACAGGCAUUCCUUAUGUUUUUGCUCCCUGUAUUGCUGUUUGCAGAGAUCCAAGGUGGGGAAGGUGUUAUGAAAGUUAUAGUGAAGAUGUAGAAAUUGUGAAGAAGAUGACUGAGCUAAUUCCUGGUUUGCAGGGAGACAUCCCUCCUAAUCACCCCAAAGGCAUUCCUUAUGUUGGUGGCAAGACAAAAGUAGCAGCUUGUGCAAAGCACUUUGUAGGAGAUGGCGGAACAACAAAGGGAAUCGACGAAAACAACACCGUUAUCAAUUGGCAUGAGCUGAUGCAUAUUCACAUGCCCGGAUACCUCCCAUCCAUCGUCAAGGGUGUCUCCACCGUCAUGGUCUCAUACUCCAGCAUUAACGGCGUCAAGAUGCAUGCCAAUCGUUAUCUCAUCACCAACUUCCUCAAAGGCCUUCUUAAGUUUAGGGGUUUUGUAAUUUCAGAUUGGAUGGGUAUAGAUAAAAUCACAUACCCAGAACACUCAAACUACACCUACUCGGUUUUGAAAGGCAUAGAAGCUGGCAUUGACAUGGUCAUGGUGCCAUAUAACCACACUGAAUUCAUAAACACUUUAACCUACUUGGUGAAAAACAACUUCAUUCCCACAAGUCGGAUAGACGACGCCGUUAAGAGAAUAUUGAGAGUCAAAUUCACUAUGGGUCUCUUUGAAAAUCCUUUGGCUGAUAAUAGCCUUGCACAUCAUCUAGGAAGCCAGGCCCAUAGAGAGUUGGCAAGAGAAGCCGUGAGGAAAUCACUUGUUUUGUUGAAAAAUGGCGAAAACGCCGAUGAGCCUUUACUUCCUCUACCCAAAAAGGCACCAAAAAUAUUGGUUGCUGGAACUCAUGCUCACAAUAUUGGCAAUCAAUGUGGUGGCUGGACAAUCACUUGGCAAGGCUAUGCUGGCAACAACAUUACUACCGGAACUACCAUUCUAACCGGCAUAACGGGAGCAGUUGAUCCUGAGACAAAAGUAGUGUACAACGAAAACCCCGACACGGAGUUCGUGAAAUCCAACAACUUUUCCUACGCCGUCGUGGUGGUCGGAGAGAGCCCCUACGCCGAGUUCUUCGGCGACAACCUCAACCUCACCAUACCCGACCCGGGCCUCAACACCAUCUCCAACGUUUGCCAAACCGUGAAAUGCGUCGUCGUUCUCAUCUCCGGCCGGCCGGUGGUGAUCGAGCCGUAUCUGACGUCGAUUGACGCUUUGGUGGCCGCGUGGCUCCCCGGAUCGGAAGGGCAGGGCGUCGCCGAUGUCCUGUUCGGGGAUUUUCCGUUCACCGGAAAACUGUCGAGAACUUGGUUCAAGAACGUGGACCAGCUGCCCAUGAACGUCGGCGAUCCUAACUACGAUCCUCUCUUUCCGUUUGGGUUUGGACUCACCACUAAAGUAUAG